CCUGCACUCCACUCGCCCCACCGUCUGUUCCUCUUGUUCGGCCACCCAGCGAUGGCCGGCCACCAGCGGCGAACGGGGCUCGGGGCGUCGCUGCCUGAUGGGAUACUUCUUUAUACCACCGCGUGUCGCGCGCUGUUCGUCGUUCUAGUAGCUCGCAGACAGUCGCGUGACAUUGCAUGGCAGCCAGGCUAGUCGUGACAACAGCACUUGUAUCUCACGCUGCUUCAUUCCACCUACCUGUUCUCGCUCGCUACUACGACUACUACCCGUUCCUGCUGAUCCCAGACCGCUUCUGCUGAUCCUAGACCGAGUGGUUCGAUUAGUUGCUGGUACUUGCAGCGUGAGGAAAUACGGUCCCGCGAGGAGUGAGUGCCGGUGAUGAGUGGCGAACUUUUUACUGCGAGCCGAACCUCUCGGCGAGCAUCCGCGGUGAUUCGGCGACGUCAGCAAUGCCUGCUUCUAUCACCGCUCCCCGUCCUCCUCCCCGUCCUUCUCCUCUUGCUCCUCCUCCUUGCGCCGCCGUGCUGCCGUGCUCAAGUGUUCACAUGCGGGGAAGUGGGCAAUCCGUGCCCUAACGACGUCUGCUGCAGGCCGUAUGACGCCGUCAUCUGGGAGUGUGGCCCUCCCUACUGCGGCGCAGGCUGUGCCACGGGUCCGUGCUCAGCCCAGAGCCCUAGCUCGUCCGUUGGCACACCACCAUCGCCACCUCUGACAGAUGCACCUCCUCCUACUCCUCCACCAUCCUUCAACUCAUCAACAUCACCACCACCACCGCCACCACCAUCUGUCAACCCAUCACCACCUUUGAACUCGCCACAGCCACCACCAUCCACCUCUCCAUCUCCUGCCACCUCUCCGCUGCCCCCUUCCACGCCUUCUCCUCCUGCCCGGAUCAGCAAGACAGCGGUGGCAUUGGGCGCCACAGGGGGGGCAGUAGCAGCACUCCUGCUUGUUGCUCUUCUAUACUUCGGCUGGCGCCGGUACAAGAACAGGCAGAAGCAGGUGGUGUUUCACGAGCCUGCAGGUGGUGCAGCAGAAGCGGGGGAAGCAGGUUUCAGUUUGAACAAGAGCAAGGGGGCGAAGGUGGUGGCGGUGUGUCGGGAGUUCCCACUGAAGCAGUUAGAGAAGGCCACCGGCAAUUGGGCGGAGGAGAAUCUGAUCGGCAGUGGGGCGUUUGGCGAUGUGUACCGGGGGGUGAGCGCGCAGGACGGGGAGGUGUGGGCGGUGAAGCGCGCGAAGCUGCUGUCCAACGACUUCCACACGGAGGUGGCAGCCAUGGCGUCCAAGCACCACUCGCACCUGGUGCGCCUGCUGGGCUUGUGCGUGUGCUACGGCUCCUCCAACAGCCGCAUGGAGCAGAUCCUCGUCUACGAGUUCAUGCCCCACGGGGACCUCGACAGGUGGAUCGACAAAGACGCCCCUCGUCCCCUGAGCAUGCGCGAGCGCAUGAGCAUACUGAUGGGGGUGGGUGCGGGCUUGCAGUACCUGCACUCAUUCAACAUGGUGCAUCGCGACAUCAAGCCCGCCAACAUUCUCCUGGACGCCAACAUGCAAGCCAAGGUGGCGGACUUUGGCCUCGUGCGGUGCGGCGAGGGCACCACGGUCAUGGCAACGCGCGUCAUGGGGUCACCGGGCUACAUGGACCCUGCCUAUGUCAGAUCGCAGAAGGCCACUCCCGCUGUUGAUGUGUACAGCUUCGGCGUGGUGAUGCUGGCGGUGAUCACGGGGAGGAAGGCAACGGAGGUCGAGGAGGGCAAGGAGGAGAGUCCGUUCAACCUGAAGCUGUGGGUGGCAGAGCUGGUGGAGCUGGGCAACGUGGCGGCGUUCAGGGACCCCACCCUGGAUGGCCCAUCGGACGACCUCCUCCUCGCAUUGGCGCACCUCGCCCUCUCCUGCACCAACAUGCGCACCGCUGCUCGGCCCACCAUGGUCCAGGUGCUCGCACAGCUGCAGGCGCUCAAAGACCGGUACCUGGUCACCGCACCAAACAGGAUGGCCCUGAGAAUCGACGAGGAUGUGGAAACUGGCAUGGUGGAUUCAGAUCUGGAUGCGGUGUUGGCUCAAGUGGAGAAUAUGAACCAAUCAGCUUCGUGGUUGCAAAUAAAAUAGAGUUCAUAUGGUAUGGAUCACCCGGAUAUAGGCGCAGCCAUUUAUUAAGC